CCGAUGAUGCCCUCAUCCAUCUUACUGUAGUUCCGUCGCAUGCUCAAAAAAGCCCUGCUCCAUUUUGUGUGCAUUUUCUCAAAACGAGGAACGUGGCAUCUUUGAAACCCAGGCAGAGACGCUACUCGGCGCUACGUUCGACUCGGCCUAUGUACUGGCAGUAAGGCAACGUACUUGGAUCUAGUCGCUCCACACACCAGCAGUGCCGCCCGUGGACUUUCUGAUCUCCGCUCCAACCAGUUAAGCUUUGGAGAGUUUUCCCACCAUGACCACUCCACCGGCGCAACGACCAGAGCCUCAAAUACUGCAAUCCCGUCGGCCACGCCCCUCUGCAGCAACGAUAUGUGCAAAGUGCGGAGUGCUCGUUGAAUUUUCCCUCCCAACUACCACCACCGAGUCUAGCACAGACUCUCCAGCAGCCUCGCCCUCCGCCCGAACUUCUUCUCUACCUGACUCGGCUCCUUCCAGCCCAUCAUCCACCGGAUAUCCGUAUGAUCACUACCGCAUUCAGUGCUUUUCAUGUUUGGAGGUUUCGAACGUACCAAUAGACAAAGUUACCAAGAGGUACGCAAUUCCCACUGCGAGCGGUUACAAGAUACCACAAGACGAGCAGCCCUCGGCCCAGCCCAAGCGAAAGCAGCAGGAGCAAAAUGCGAAGCAACCAAAGCAGGAGCAAAGGCAAAAACAGCCUGCGAGGCCGGGGUCGAGCUUUGCUGGACGGAGAGGAACAGAUGAGAACCCAAUUGACCUUGAGUACUAUGAGUUGCUCGAAGUGGCCGGCACUGCCAGCGCUGCACAAAUCAAGAAGGCGUACUAUGUCAAGGCGAUGAAAUGCCAUCCCGACAAGAACCCCGACGAUCCCCACGCAGAGGAAAAGUUCAAAGCCAUUUCUCAAGCAUACCAAGUCCUUUCGGAUCCACAACGACGCUCGCACUACAAUCAAUUUGGUCAGUCCACUAACGGCACGGAAACGCCUUUUGUGGAUCCGGAGGAGUUCUUCAAGCAGCAGUUUGGCGGUGACAAAUUCGUCGACAUCAUUGGCGAGAUUUCGAUCGCUAAGGAUUUCGCGGAGGCCAUGUCUGGCAUCUCUGCAGAGAACGGAAUCGAAGGGUCACGCGGGAGUAAAGACCUGACCAUGGAGGAGCGGAUGGACAUUCGCUCCAAGCGCGUGAAUGGCUUGGUAGAGAAGCUUAAUCACAAGCUCUCUUUGUAUGUGGACGCCCUGCCGUCCAAUGCCCACGGUGCGGAUGCUGAGAUACCGCAGGCCGAUCUUGAUAGAAUGUCGAUGGAAGCCAUGGAGGCCUUCCGUGCUGUGAUGACGCUAGAGGCCGAGGCGCUGAAAACAGAGUCCUACGGAGUUGAGCUCCUUCAUUCCGUCGGAUACACCUAUCAGCUGAAAUCCUCUUACUGGCUCGGAAAGCUGGAUGCAGAGGAGGGCCCGAUCCUGAAGCGAGCGUGGGGCUUCGGGAACCGGUUUUCGGGUCUCAUGCGAGAGAAGGCUCAUAUUAUCGGAGAAACGGUCGGCACCUUCCGCACGGCAAUGGAUCUUCAGUCGAGCUUCAGUAGACUCCAAGAGCUAGAGAAGAAGAAGGAAGAGAAGAAACCCGACGACGCAGAAAAUACCGUCGAUGCAUCGACCAACGGUUCCGGCCCGCAACCCGCCCCAACAACACCACCCAAAACCGAAGAAGAGAUUGCAUCCGAAGAGCAGGAGCUCCGAGCCAAACUUGAGCACGAAGCCGCAACAAAAGGUCUCGAAGCCCUAUGGAGGGGCAGCAAACUCGAAGUCGAGGGCGUCCUCCGCGAUGUCUGCGAUAAAGUGCUCGGCGACGACUGUGGUGCGUCCAAGGAUGUGAGGCGUCGCCGUGGUGAGGCCUUGGCGGCAAUGGCUGAGGUCUAUCAGAACGUCAAGGCGGAUCCUGCUUCACAGGCGGCUAAACCAUGACCUCGCAAGUGAGAAUCGCGGCAAACCGAGCUCGUCCCUUUUCUCUUUCCCCUCAUCAAUUUUGUGCAUCUUCAUUUAUCUUCUCAAUCUAGUUUAUCAAUCCCUUUGUCGACGUACUUAUCCUCGCCUUCCCUUGCGUAGUUGCCAGCGUCCCAUUUUUUUCAUCUACCCCAUUUCUCCUUAUG